AUGCGUCUCGUGUGCUGGAAUGUGAAUGGAUUGCGGACAUUAAAGGGGUAUCAGCCGUGGUUCCAGCUGCGCAACUGGGAGGCGUGUGUAGAGGAGCUCCACGCCGACAUGCUGUGCAUCCAGGAGGUCAAGAUGACCCGGAAGCAGCUGACGCAGGAUCUGUGUGUGAUGGACCAGUUUGAUGCUUACUACGACUUGCACCCAUCCAAAGGCUAUGCGGGCACAGCUACGUACAUUCGAAAGUCGGUAUGUGUGCCUGUCGCCGCUGAGGUUGGGAUCACGGGACACACUGGCCGCGCCAUCGGACCGCCUAUUUGCGAGUUGCCUGCGUCGGUGGAUGCGGCGCUGCUAAAAGCCCUGGACGCUGAGGGGCGUUGUGUCAUAGUCGACUGCGACCUGUUUGUUCUGAUCAAUGUUACGUGCGGCGUCUGA